AUGACAACAUCAUCAUCUUCAUCAUCCACAAUGAAGAGGUCAAGUUGGAUGGCACCAAACAAGAAUCACUUCAAGUAUAACUCUAGCCUUCGACAGAGACUGGAUGACCUUGCAGCCGGUCCAAUAUCAGAGUUGAUUGUACUACGUGUGUCUAUACCUGAUAUUCAAUCAAUCGUCUCAUUCAAGGUGCAGCGCGACUACCUCGUUAAGGACUUGCUGAAUGCCAUUAUCAAGAAGAAGAGACUGCUUAACAAUCUUGAUGGUCAACAGUAUGCACUAUACAUCGCACCAAACAAUGCCAAAGCCGACUGUGGCGUAUGGCUGGAUGAGUCCAAGCCAUUGUGGAUCUACGAGCUGUACGACAAGGAUAUGAUCGAGUGCAAGAAGAAGCAGGAGUUGGAGCAAGACCCUGCCUAUCUCAAGGUGGUCUUCCCCGAGCAGAUGAAGACCAAGACCUUCCAGGUCGACCUCAAGAUGCUGGUGCGUGACGCCAUUCAAAUGAUCACGUCCAAGUUUGAUGUCCUAUACUUUGUCGGCCAAGACUUGAAGUACUACGGUCUAUUCGUGUUGAAUCACGAUGGCUCAGAGGUGUUACUUCAGGAGGACUCAAUACUGGAGAGCUAUGCAUUGGGUAACCUCAGCAUCAUUGAGUUCAAGAAGAAGGAUGUCAUUGUAUUAUCACUUGGGGAGCACUCAGCGACAACCAUUGCCAAGCUGUCGGCUGCUGGAACACCCCCACUCCUAGCCGACACCGCAUCAGCAGCGUCUGGCUCCUCAUCAUCCACCUCUUCGUCCAAGUCAUCGUCGUCCUCAUCGCUGACGUAUCGCGCGUCGUACGUCGUGCCCACCAAUCAAGUCACCAUCACAUUCUCAACAAAGUCACUGGUCAAGGAUAUUGUGGCCGACCUUUCACCUUGGCUAGAGUCACUGAUCAAGGUCAAGACUAUCAACUACAAGCUCAUGUUGAGUGAGCCCAAGCUUUGGCUCAUCGAGAGCAAUCCAAUCUCAUCCUACAACAUCAAGAAGAGCGACAAACUUUACCUCUUCCCCAAGAUCGACGACAGCAUCAACAACGACGAUGGCAUCUGUCUCAACGUCAUGUUCUCGGCCUGCAAUGCAACCGACCACUUUGCCACCAGGAACAAGCUGUCCAAGUCCAUUCCAGGUGAGAUACUUAUAUUGAAGAUUGACAACGUUGUACAUCUGACGGAUUGUAUUAAUGGACAACCUGGCGGACUGGAAGGAGACUUGUUCAUGACAAACUAUCGACUGAAGUUCUUUGAGACCGUCUCUGGAUUGGAGUAUGAUAUACCAUUGUACUCGAUAUCAAGGGUGGAGAGGGUGGGCUCGUCCAAGUCCAACACCAACUGCUACUUGGACAUCAGUUGCAAGGACUUUAGGUUCGUUCGUUUCUUCUUCCCUCAUCCCAACGACAAACGUAACACAUCAAGGAAGAAGCUCUACAAGACCUUGAAGCAACAAGUCUUCCCAGGCAACCAAACCAAGUUGUUUGCAUUCUACAACAAAGAACAUUACCCAGUUGAUGGAUGGUCAGUCUUCAACUUGGAGGAAGAGUAUAAGAGACAGGGUGUUGGCAAACCAGGAAGUGGAUGGAGGAUCACAAAUGUCAAUGCAAAGUACGAGAAGUGCGACACUUAUCCAUCAUUGUUGGCGAUACCUGAAAGGAUCAACGAUUCAGAGUUGGACAGUGUUUUCAAGUUUAGGAGUCGUGGAAGGAUACCCGCGCUAUCAUGGAAGCACCCGUACAAUGGUGCAUCAAUCACAAGAUGCUCGCAACCUUUGGUUGGAAUCACACGAUCACGUUGCACAGAGGACGAGAUGAUGUUCCGCGAGAUUGGAAGUCCACGACGGACUGGCGACAGAUCCACAUCCAAGAGCUCACGAUCCUCUCUGAUGAUCAAUGUGAGCUCACAUCAUCAUCACACCGAGACCAAGACCCUCUGUCUGCUCGACGCGCGUCCCAAGGCCAACGCCAUUGGUAACCGAGCAAUGGGAGCAGGCUACGAGAACACCUCCACCUGCUAUCCAGAGUCGACGCUCGACUUUUUGAACAUUGAGAACAUUCAUGUGAUGCGUGACUCACUCGACAAGUUCAAGAGUACGUGCUUCGCGGCUGUUGGCGGUAUCAAUGGCCAGUACUCCAAGGAGCAAAAGACAAUUGGAUGGUUCAAUGGCAUUGAUGCGUCCAAAUGGUUCGAGCAUCUCGUCCUGAUCCUGGAAGGCGCCGUAAAGAUCGCCGACAAAGUGCACAAUGCCAACACUUCAGUCUUGAUCCACUGCAGUGAUGGAUGGGACAGGACAGCACAACUAUCAUCUAUCUCCAUGUUGUUGCUGGAUCCCUACUUCCGCACCAUCGAAGGAUUUAUUGUAUUAAUAGAGAAGGAAUGGCUAUCAUUUGGCCACAAGUUUGCACAAAGAAUUGGACAUGGUGACGCCAAGCAUGGAGAUGAGCAACGCUCUCCAGUGUUCUUGCAGUUCAUUGAGUGCGUCUAUCAUAUACUCAAUCAAUUCCAACAAUCGUUUGAAUUCAAUCAGAAUCUGCUGAUGGAGAUACUGCACAACCUGUUUUCCUGUCGCUUUGGUACAUUCCUCUUCAACUCGGAGAGAGAGCGCGUCAACAACAAUGUCAAGACGCAGACAGUCAGUCUGUGGAGCUACGUGCUGGCCAAUCGCGACAACUUCCGCAACACAUUAUACGUGCGCGAUGAGCGCGUACUGCCACUGCGUCUCGCCUCGCCACUGUUCUCCGUUUGGAAGGACUACUACUUCCAGCAUCUGUUGCCAAGCACCGACGAGCACAACCAAUCCACACUGGCACUUCAGAAGGAGAUCAGACAUCUGCAGCGCGACAAUGAGGAGCUACGUCGCCAGGUUAUCACUCAGCCACCCUCCAGCAUAUUCUCCACAUCGACAAUAUCCCUAGCAUCAGUCAUGUCGUCGCCAAUGACCUCUCCACCCAAAUAG